AUGGCUUAUCAAUCACUUGCUCUUCUUGCUGUCAUCAUUGUGGCCAUUGUUGGUGCUUUCGCUCAGGCUCCAUCUACCUCUUCCACGACCUCUCCAGCUCCGAUGACCUCUUCGUUUGAUUCCACCUCAUCCCCAAUGACCUCUUUUGAGACUUCAUCUCCGACGAGCUCACAAGAUUCCUCUACCUCGCCAGACCUCUCCACCUAUGCUCCAUCAAUCUCUGUGGCUCCUGCAUUCUCGUCGGAUUCUACCAGCUCCAAUAGUGCUCAAUCACCAACGCCGGAGAUAGCUCCGACCGGUUCUCCCUCUGUUGAGACUUCGCGCUUGUUUACAAAUGAUUUUUUUGGCUGA